AUGAUGUCCGGAGAAGCUUGGUUGUACCUCUUGUCGGUACUCAUCAACGCCGUCAACCUCUUUUUGCAGGUUUUCUUCACCAUCAUGUACAGCGACUUGGAAUGUGACUACAUCAACCCCAUUGACCUCUGCAACCGACUCAACACCUACAUUAUCCCCGAGGCCGCGGUGCACGGUUUCCUGACCUUCCUCUUCCUCAUCAACGGCUACUGGGUGCCUCUCAUCCUCAACCUGCCUCUCCUUGCCUGGAACGUCAAGAAGAUUGUUGACAACACCCACCUGCUCGAUGCGACGGAGAUUUUCCGCAAGCUCAACGUUCACAAGAAGGAAUCCUUCUUCAAGCUCGGUUUCCAUCUGGUCAUGUUCUUCUUCUAUCUCUACAGCAUGAUUGUCGCUCUCAUCCGCGAUGAGUCGUCCUAA